AUGACCUCAAAUAAAGAUUUCUACUUUGGUUUACUCCGAGUGUCAAUGAUUCAAUUACUAAAAUCUCAAGGCUUCGAUAAAAGUAAACCAACAACAAUUGACACAAUCACAGAUUUAUAUUUGAAAUUUUUAACAUUAUUGAUAUCGGAAAUAACAAGAAUUGCUCAAGCUAGGGCGGGAAACCAUAAUGAAUUGUUAGAUCAAUCGGUCGUUUUACAAGACAUCACUUUAGCAAUGACAAAUCUUGGCAUAAUCAAUCCUACUAAUAAAUUAGACGUAUAUGACGAAAAUCCAGAAGUAAUAAAUGAUUUGGGACUAAUCAAAUUUAAAGAUUGGUAUGAGAACAGCUUAAAAGUUCAAAACGCUAGAAUUGUAGCAUUACCAGUCCCAGAACUUUUGCUACUUAAUGACAAUCCCGAUAAUAAUAAGGAAAAUAUAUUACUGGAUCCGACUAAUAAAAACAUACCUAACAGCAUGGAUUAUACUCAAUCUAGCAUUAUAGGAUCUACAACGGCAACGGCAACGGCAACGACUGCUACAGGAACAACAAUGAUUCCAGAUUUCAUUAAUCAAUUACAGAACCCAAGUCAACAAAACGAUACCUUUGCCCUAGAAGAAGAGAAACGAAGACAAGCGAAAAUUCAACAAGAAAAUGAUCUAAUUGAAGAACUCAUCAAUGACGGUGAUGUAGAUGAUUGGAUUAGAUCACUCAUUGCGAGGCAAAGAUUAAAUUUAACGCAUAAUAAAUUAUACCUAUCUAAAAAAUUCAAUAAUCCUAAUCCUUCCGAAAGGAACGAUGAAGAUGGAUUUGUUUGGACAUUAAACAAUUUGCCUCAUCUACCUGGUCUCAAAUAUUCUAUAUUGGAAAAUCCAUUAACUAAUACUUAUAAUAAUGUUAAAUUGAUUGCUCCAGAUCAAUUACUUCCGAGAAUCACAUCUUUCACGGACGAAGAAAAUGAAAAUGAUACUAUACGAACUAAAAAAAUAAUGGAAACAUUAAAUCAUUUAUUACCAAUCAUGAACCCAGAAAAUAAGUUAGAGAAUAUCAUAUUGUCGUUCGAAGCAUUACCAUCAUCUGAUGAAGAAGAAAAUAAUGAAGACGAGGACGUCCGGAAAGAUGAAGAUGAUGACAUAGAUAUGGAUCCUAAUGAAACUAACGUACAUAACUAUAAUAAUAAUAAUAAUACUAAAACGGUUGGAAGUUUCAAUUUCAAUCAAAGCAUUGAUACUAAAUAUGCUGAAUUACAGGAUAUGGAUAACACUUUCCAAAGAAGACAUUCCCUCGAGUUUGACUCCACAAACAACCAAUUCGAUUAUAAUUCGGAAUUUUAA